UGGUAGGAACUACGGGAACUCCCACCGGGCUUCCUUACUUACACUUCCGUAAAGUUUAGUAGGCGCAACAGAGUAAAUGUAGCGAACUGCAGGCUACUUAGCUGAGUUUGUUUUAGAUUUUGUUUCGACUCACAUCAGUUUUAUUUAUUUAUUUAUUUUUUAAAAUGAGCGAAAUUAAACCAGAGGAAAAAACAGUAACCGAAGACAAUGAAGAGGAACAAGAUUGGGCAGCAGCGAAAGCUUUCUUUGACAGUCUGAAGACAAAAGUACCGAGGCCGCCCAAACCCCAGCAUGCGGUGACUGUCGCCGUCUCCUCUCGCACCCUCUUCAACAUGGUGGCAGAGAGGAAACUCUUCGAGGAUGAAGGACUGGAGAAGUACGUCGCUUUUCAGGUGGAACAUGAAAACGAGCCAUUAAAGCCCGGACCUGCUUUCCCUUUCGUAAAGGCUCUCAUGAAUGUCAACACUCGACUUAGGAACCUUUACCCAGAAAGUGAGGAACUGUUUGACAUCGUCUUGAUGACUAACAACCACGCUCAAGUCGGCGUGCGCCUCAUUAACAGCAUUAAUCACUACGGUUUGACCAUAGAGAGAUUCUGUAUGACUGGAGGGAAAAGUCCUAUAGGUUACCUGAAGGCCUACAUGACAAACCUUUAUCUCUCAAAAAAUCCAGAGAAAGUUACAGAAGCAAUAGAGGAAGGGAUUGCUGCAGCCACCAUGUUUAUGCCAAAACAGGAGAGCAAUCUGAGCGACACUCAGCUGAGAGUGGCGUUUGAUGGUGACGCCGUCCUCUUCUCAGACGAGUCAGAAAUCAUUGUGAAGAAGCACGGCCUCGACACUUUCUUUGAGCAUGAGAAAAAGUUUGAGAAUAAACCUUUGGCUCAGGGUCCAUUAAAGUGUUUCCUGGAGGCCCUUGGUAAGCUACAGAGAAAAUUUUAUGCCAAGAACGAGCGUCUGAAUUGCCCGAUCAGAACCUUCCUGGUCACGGCACGCAGCGCGGCCAGCUCCGGCGCACGUGUCCUGAAGACCCUCCGCAACUGGGGCCUGGAGAUCGAUGAGGCCCUCUUUCUGGCCGGGGCUCCCAAGGGCCCUCUUUUGCAGAAAAUCAAACCUCACAUCUACUUCGACGACCAGAUGUUCCACAUUGAGGGGGCCAAUGAGCUGGGAACCAUAUCUGCACAUGUGCCUUAUGGAAUUGGACAGAAGUACAACAGAGGGAAGCUCAUCGAGGAGCCUGAAAAAAAAGAGUAAUUUGCAAGUGACAUCACACUAACUUAUCUGCAUAGGAAGAAAUUUGCUUCAAAUUAAUCAUGUUUUAAAGAGGAGGUAUUAUGUAUUUUACAGGCACAUAGGGACAUUUUAUAACACCUCAAGUAGCUAUGUCACCAUCAGUUGUUAUAAAAAUGCUGUAUAUGUAAAAUAUCACAUGCUUUGAAAUAGGGGCUGUCUCUUUAAGAAACUCCUUGCUCUUUCAGAGACUCCGCCUUCAGCACAAUGUCACAACAGAGUUUCUCCAUAAACACUUUAACAACGUUUUUAUCAGCGUUACACUGAGAAGUAGCUCAGUGUAACGCAUCUGCAUGAUGAGUUACAUCAUCAUGCAUCACUUAGUUCAACUGUUUGCUAAUGGAAAAGAUGUUGCUUAGUGAGAGCAAGCGUUUUGCAAAUCCAAAUGGCCGCCAGUGGAGAUUAAAGGAUUUCUCAAACAUGCAUGAAAGAAUCAAAGCUACACUCCAGUUAUGUUUCUGAUGAGGGAGUGACAUUAUAACAUAAAGUAAAGCUCAAAAAAGUUGAUUUUUACACAAUACUGCCACUUUAAAAAUGCCCCACUAAAGAAAAUGUUAGAAUUUUCUUUAUUAAAUGAUUCUGCAAUAUAUAUGGUUAGAAUAUAAUUUCUGCCAAAAUGUAUUUUCACACUAUAAAGUUAUAUUAGGCAACACACUUUUUUCUUUUUUUUUUACUUUUAAUACUAAACAGAAAAAAAAUCUGUUGUUACCUUUUAUCUGCAUCUCCUUCCUUCUUAAAGGCUCAGUUAGGAAUAAAUAUAUUUUUAAUGUUUAUUUUAUUAUUUUUAUUUUAAACCUCUGUGUGCCCUGUUUGUAUUUUUCUUUGGCCUUGAGCACAUAACGGUCCUCUCUCUCCUGUUUGGUAAAAAUUGCCCGAUCCAUCAUUUUCAGGCAAUGUUCUUACAUAUGUAUGUAACACAUACAUAUUUUAACACAGAGGUUUACUGCCAGGGUAGAAAUGCUGUGACUUAAAGGGACGCUAAUGCUGCCUUUCUGUUUUUCUUCUGGCUAGAUGUUAACAAAAAACUUCUAUUGUUUUGGUGUUUUGUGUAUUUUUAAGUUGUGUUUUUAACAUUGGACCAAACUACUUGUUAGUUUUCAAACAGCACACUUAGCGCUGCAGAAUUAUGCAAAUGUUAGUAUAACUAAACAGCAGACUUGCACAAGUUUUCUAAGUUUUGGAAAUAUUUGUAUUUGUCACUUGUUUUGUGCCGUUCAGCUUUUCUAUCUAUAGCUAUUUUCACAUGCUUCUGUUUGUGGAUCGUCAGAUUGUAUUGAACUCUGAGCAUGUUCUCUGGUUAAUAAGAUAAUGUAGAUGAAGCUUGUUUACUGGUGUUUGGUGUUUGUAAGUUAGUAUUUUUAAGCAUUUUGGUCAAAUCUAUUUUCAGUCUUGUACUCUGUUUGCAUACUGAAAUAGGAAUAUGAAAACAAAAAAGUGCAUGCCUUUUUUUUUAAGAAUAAAAAUAUUUUCUGUUCCAAAAGCA